AUGGCUGAAUCGUCGCCUACUCUCUCUGCCACCUCUUAUAACUCAGUGUUGGACCUUAAACAGCUUCUGCCGCCCGGCUGGAUCAUCCAGAAAUUUGGAGGUACUUCUGUUGGCAAAUUUCCCGAAAACAUCGUCGAAAAUGUCGUCAAGCAGUACGCGUUGCAGAAUCGUGUUGCGGUAGUAUGCUCGGCGCGUUCGUCAAACACAAAAAGCGAGGGUACCACCUCGCGCUUACUUAAAGCUGCUGAUCUUGCCUCGCAAAAUGCGGAGUUCCGUCCUCUUUUAGAGGUGAUCGAGAAAGAUCACACCGAUAACGCUCGCAGCAAAAUCUCUGACCCUCAACUUCAGGCCCAGUUGAUCCAACAGUCCAGUAAAGAGGUCGCUAGAGCCCAAGAAUUGCUCCAUGCCUCCCAGGUCAUUGGAGAAAUCAGCCCAAGAACCUUGGACUCUAUUAUGUCUGUAGGUGAGAAGUUGUCGUGUUUGUUCAUGGCUGCCUUGAUGAACGACAGAGGCUUGAAAGCUACCUACGUGGACCUCAGUGAUAUCAUCCCCUUGGACUACGAUGUUUCAAAGGGCCUCGAUGAUAAAUUCUACCAAUUCUUGGCCACCAAGUUUGGCGAGAUCGCAUCUGCCAUGGAUUCGGACGUGAUUCCAGUCUUCACUGGAUACUUUGGUGUUGUUCCAGGUGGUCUUCUUAAUGGUGUUGGACGUGGUUACACUGACUUGUGUGCUGCUCUUGUGGCUGUUGGCGUUCAGGCUGACGAAUUGCAGAUCUGGAAGGAGGUCGAUGGUAUCUUCACAGCCGAUCCACGUAAGGUUCCAAACGCCAGACUCUUAGACAGUGUUACACCAGAUGAGGCUGCCGAAUUGACCUAUUAUGGCUCUGAGGUUAUUCAUCCAUUUACCAUGGAACAAGUCAUCAAAGCUAAAAUUCCAAUCAGAAUCAAAAACGUCGAGAACCCUACCGGUAACGGUACCAUCAUCUACCCUGACAAUAUUGGUCGUAGAGGUGAGGCCACCCCUCCACAUCCUCCAGCCGCUUAUGAGAGUUUGCCAAGCAGCUAUAUUCAAUCCCAGAAGAGAAGAUCCGCCACUGCUAUCACUGCCAAGCAGGAUAUCGCAGUCAUCAACGUGCAUUCCAACAAGAAGACACUUUCGCAUGGCUUUUUGGCCCAUUUGUUCACUACUCUUGACAGAUACAGACUUGUGGUUGAUUUGAUCUCUACCUCCGAGGUUCACGUCUCCAUGGCCAUGCAAAUCCAGCCAGACCAAGAGGUCAGCUUAAAAGAGGCUUUGAAAGAAUUGCGCAAAAUGGGUACCGUUGAUGUGACCAGACAGAUGACCAUUGUCUCUCUUGUUGGUAAGCAAAUGGUAAACUUCAUUGGUAUUGCUGGUAAUAUGUUCAAGGUUCUUGCUGACGAGAGAAUCAAUAUUGAAAUGAUCAGUCAGGGUGCUAACGAGAUCAAUAUCUCUGCUGUGAUCAAUGCAAAGGAUACUAUCAGAGCAUUGCAGUCCAUUCACGCCAAAUUAUUGGAGGGUAGCUUCGGUUUCAAUCCAGAGGAGUCUGCCACUGACAUCAGAUUGAGUGCCCUCAGGUUCCAAUAA